GGAAGGUGGGAGAUGGGAGAUGGGAGAUAGGUGGUAGUGGGAGGGGUGGGGGUGUAGAAUCGUUCGAAAGGGUCGUUUCGGCUGCGCCGCUGCUCGGUCGAUGGUGGCUCCACCAAGUGUCAACUUCUCGAAAUCUCAUGAUCGUUCGUUGGAAGCAGGGACAGUGCGCCCUGACCCGCGGUACGGGCUGAACUUUAGAUCACGGUUGGCCUUUGCAACCCUCGCGUAACACUUAUUCGUCGCAUGGACGAUCUGUCGUUUCAAAACGAUGAAUGAAAGUUUACAUCUACGCGCGCGAAAAUUAACUAACGCGAUUGGUAACGUUGAUUGGAUGUAAUCGAACGAAUUAUUUACGAGUUAUCGUCCCUACGAAAACAUUUAACCAGAAAGAUUUGUGAUGUGAUUGUUAAAUGUGACGUCGUUAUGUAAUAAAGCCUGCGACUCUACGUGCACAGAACAAAAAAAGAAAAAAAAAAAACAGAAAGAAGAAGAAGAAGAAGAAGAAGGAACGAGUUCGUCAACGAUCAUUUCUACGAACCAAUGAGAAUCUCAGCGAGAUCGUACGAGGUGGCUCUAAGGGCCAAAAGAAGAAAAUGUCUUAUCAAGAAUCCACGAGAAAGACUCGCGAGGAAUCGUGAAAUUUCUGAAAGAUGAAAUAAUCUAACGUUCGGAAGAAUUCAAUGAAACAAAUCGCAUAUACAUAUAUAUGUACAAACGUACACCUACAUGUGCAUAGAUAUAUACACAUAUAUGUAUAUACAUAUAUAUAUAUAUAUAAACAUAUAAAUAUAAAGUAUCAACAAGAAGAAAGGAAAAGAAAAAUUUCAGAAGAAUAUAAACUCGAUUCGAUAUAAUUAUCCCGAAUGAUACAUAAUGCCGAUCGGCAAUAGAAAGUACGAUAAAAAAACGAAAGGUACGAGGGAAGAUAUAAUCGUAAUUAGACGUUCGCGAUGUUGAACGUAAUGGCGGCGGCGGCCGUAACAAUGAGUAUACCAUGUAGGGUCGAUCCGACGGCAACGACAGGAAGUAACGGUAGUACCACCACUGGUAGUAGUGGUAGUAACAACGUCACCACUGUACCGGUUGAAAAUCCAACCGUAGAAAAUCUAGCGGAUAACGUUAACGUAUUUGUUGUUGUUAUCAAGGGCAUAAUAAUGGGUAGUAUAAUAACUACUGCAGUUCUUGGAAAUGCAUUGGUGAUAGCUAGCGUUAGAAGGCAUCGUAGAUUACGUGUUGUAACUAAUUGUUACGUCGUUAGUUUGGCGGCAGCCGAUUUGUUGGUAGCAAUGUGCGCAAUGACAUUUAACGCGUCUGUCGAAUUAUCAGGCGGCAGAUGGUUAUUCGGACGUUUCAUGUGCGACGUAUGGAACUCCCUCGAUGUUUAUUUCUCAACGGCCUCGAUCCUACAUCUUUGUUGCAUCAGCGUUGACAGAUAUUAUGCGAUCGUUAGUCCACUCGAAUAUUCUGUCAUUAUGAGACAAGGUACCGUUGGAUGUAUGCUUGGAAGUGCUUGGAUUCUACCAGCUCUUAUCAGCUUCAUACCGAUAUUUAUGGGCUGGUAUACUACCAAAGAACAUCUUGAAUUCAUGGUUAAAAAUCCUGAGGUCUGCGCAUUCAUAGUGAAUCGUCCGUAUGCCGUGAUAAGUUCCUGCGUGUCCUUUUGGAUACCAGGCCUGGUGAUGAUAGUGAUGUACUGCAAGAUUUACAAGGAGGCGGUGAGACAACGUAAAGCCUUGAGCAGAACAUCGAGCAACAUCGUUUUGAACAGCGUACAUCAUCAUAGAUCGUCCACCAGACAACACCAUCAUCAGCAGAUGCUAUUGCAGGCUGCCGCCGAUACCGGUGAGCUAGUUCUUCACACCGCACAUUGCAAGAUGCCCAACACCAAGCUCCACCCCAUUAACGGUACUUCAAUAAGACAGCAAAGUAAAAGCUGGAGAGCAGAGCACAAAGCAGCGAGAACACUUGGAAUCAUCAUGGGUGCAUUUCUACUCUGCUGGUUGCCAUUUUUCCUUUGGUAUCUAACGACGACACUUUGCGGAGAGGCCUGUUACUGUCCGGACACCGUUGUAUCUGUUUUAUUCUGGAUAGGUUAUUUCAACAGUGCCCUGAAUCCGUUGAUCUACGCCUACUUCAACCGUGACUUUCGCGAGGCCUUCAAGGACACCUUGAAGAGCGCUUUACCCUGUUGCGCCGGAUGUUGGAAGACACCGUCUGAGUUCGUCUAGCGCGAGAGAUCAACAUAAACGGGGCUCAAAUAGAUACAUACAUUCACAUAGACAUACAUACAUAUAUAUAUAUAUAUAUGUAUGUAUGUAUAUAUGUAUAUAUGUAUGUAUGUAUAAAAUUUCUUCCUCUUGAUUCUUUCCUUUUUUAUUUUCUCUUUAUUUCAUUAUUUCUUUCUCCUCGUCUAAUAAAUUUGUCUUUUCAAAUGUUCAUCGACGAACUAAAAAAAAAAAAAAGAAAAAGAAAGAGAAACAACGACGAGGACAAUUCACUUAAUCUUUGAAUAAUCUUUAAAAAGUCAAACAAGAAUGUAAAUCGAUCAUUUAUUGAUGAACUCUUAAUUAACCUUUGGCAGGUUGAGGUCAUUGCCGAGGGAAUAUCUUUUUUAUUCUUUUAUUUUUUUUUAUUUAUUUAUUUAUUUUUUUUUUUUUUCAUUUAGUUAAACACAAGGAGUCAAUGAGAAAUGAUUAUUUAUUUCCGAUCAGAAUUAACACUUUGCAAUACGUGGUCAUUGACACUUCGUUUAAUUGAAUGAAACGAAAUGAGAAAAGAAACAAUCGGCCUCAGAAUAUUUUGUCUAAAAUAAAGUACGAUAAUAAAUGACCAAUUAAUUUAUAUAUUAAUUGUCUUCGGUAUUUACAUACAUUUUGUCUUCUUUUCUUUUCUGUUCUUCUUUUAUUUUUUUAUUUUUUUUUUUUUUUUAAUAUCACUUCGUUAAAAAUCGAACGAGGAAAGGCAAUGAAAGAGGAGGAGAAAGAUGAGAAAUAAAAUGAAUGAGAAAAUAAAUAAAUAAAUAAAUAGGAAACAUGAACGUUCUUUUAUUACAUUAUGUCCGACGAAGAGGAAGAAGAAGAGCCCUGGACUUAUUAUUAGUGAUUUCUCGAUAUAAAGAAGAAAAAGUUAAAGAAAAACAGAAGGAAAGAAAAUGAUGUGAUUUAUCGAUGCUUCCGGUUAAAAGAAGAUAAAUUCUACGGUUGGAUCACCGUACACAGCAUAAACCGUGGGAAAACGAAAGAGAGAGAGAGAGAGAGAGAGAGAGAAAUAGAGAGAGAUAGAGAGAGAUAGAGAUAGAGAGAGAAGGACAGAUGGGAAAGAGUGAAAAAAAAAAGACGUAAACCCGAGUGAAUUUGAUUAAACUCUGUUGACUCUGUAAAUAGAUCGGGAAAAGACUGUAAUACGAGAUAAAAAGCGAGAGGUGCUAAUUAGACAUCGUUAACGAGGACAAGCAAGGCCACGUUAAAGUGUGAUGCGCGAUGCUUACUUGAAAUUAAAAGGAAAAAAAAAAAAAGAAAUAAAAAUAUAAAUAAAAAUACAAAUAAAAAUAAAAUAAAGUAAACGGAAAUAAAGAAUAUAAUAGAAAUAUUCAAAAUAUUUUCCGAGAGAGAGAGAGAGAGAAAGAGAGAGAGAGAGAAAGAGAGAAAAUGAUAUAAAACAAUUGUAAUAAUAAUAAUGAAAAAAAAUUAAAGGAAGAAAGAAAGAAAAAUAUCGAAGCAACGAUGCGAGUGAAGAUGGAUCGAAAAAGUGAAUUUUUUUAUUAUUUUUUUUUUUUCAUUUCUUUUUUCGUUUCUCAUCACACUUUUGAAUUUUGUUCCUUUAUUGCGCGAAUAAGAAUGAUCGGUCUUUUCAAACUCGAGCAACUUCCAGUUGUAUCGUGACAACGUUCAAGAUUACAGUUUUAUUUUAUUCGAAUAUUAUUUUUUAAUCAUUAUUAUUAUUAUUAUUAUUAUUAUUAUUAUUAUUAUUAUUAUUAUUAUUAUUAUUAUUAAUAUCAUCAUCAUCAAUAUUGUGAUGUUUUUAUCUUUAAGAUCAUUAGCAUGCUUUUUCUACUCUCUUCUACUACUAUUUAUUUUAUUUCUUUUUUUUCUUCAAACUUCGAAUGAAAUAAUCGCUUCGCCGCGUUAUCGAAUAUAUUGUAUAAAAAAAAAACAAGAAAGAAAUGAAUUGAAAAAAUAAAGAACAGAAAAAACGCUCCGUCCUUACUCGCGCGAGGCAUCGAUGAUCUCGACGAUUUAAAUAUCUCUGUAAAAAUGUAUCAUAGCAAUAAUUAACGAUGGACUGUAAAUAGCGUAAUAUAUAUGUGUGCGCGCGCGUGUAUGUGUGUGUAAAAGUAAAAUUUAGCGAAUGACUGCGUUUUAAAUAAUCGCGAUGGUGCUCGUUCGUUUUGUAAAUAAUUAGAUUAUACAUAUAUAUAUAUAUAGACUUAUUAAUUAUUAUGAAUUAUUAUUGUAAUUAUUAUGAUGAUUGCGAUUAAGAGGGAUGACUAUCGUUACGUGUCGUACAUAUGUAUAUGUUAAAUCGAUCGUUAUUAGUUUCGAAUAAUAAAAAUUUUAAAGAAUAAAUAAAUGAAUAUAUAUAUAUACAUAUAUAAAUAAGAACAAAAAGUACUAAGCUUUAAAAAAAGACGCCAAUGAGGAGAAUUAAUUGACGAAGAAGUUUUGCAAAAAAAAUAAACCUACACUUCAAUCGUAUUAAUGAUAACAAACGUGAGUGUGAAUUUUUCUUCUUUUUUUAAUAAAAUAUUAAUCUAAUUAACAAGUGAAAACUAUAUCCAGGCAGAUAUAGUUUGUUCUGUUCCUUAAGAUCGUAAACUUAAAAAAAAAAAAAUGUGAUCUCUAUGUCGAGUUAUCGUUUGGAACGUUCGACGAAUUUUUUAAACAAUUCGUUGUAAUUGUUCGUUUUUUCUCUCCCUCUCUCUCUCUCUCUCUCUCUCUCUCUCUCUCUUUCUCUCUUUUUCUUUCUCUUUCUAUUUUAUCUUUCUUUCGACGUAAGUUUCGUAAGCAUGACGUCUGUAGUUAUCGAAACUACGUAAUAUACAAUCGAAAAGGAUGAUUAGAAAGGAAAAAAAAACGAAAAAGAGUGAUAAAAGAAAGAAAUUGCAAUCAAUGAAAGCGACUACUUCGAGUAAUGAGAGAGAGAGAGAGAGAAAGAUAGAAAGAGGAGAGAGAAAGAGAGAAGAGAGAGAGAGAAAAAAAUAUGUGUAUGUGUGAUUCGUGACGAUAAAACGUAAACAACGACUAUAUGAUACGAAAAGUUUUCUAAUCACAUUCCUUUCUCCAUUUUGUUUUUAUUCGUACGUGGAAUCGAUUGUUUAACAUUUUCGAGACACGGUCACGAACAUACUGUAGCUUCUUUUUUUUAUUUAUUUAUUUUAAAUCUUUAUUUCUUUUUAUAUUUGACUAACAACAUUUUUGUCGUUCUUAUUUAAUUCUCUAUAAUCUAAUUUUCUAUUGUUCUUAAAACAACAAAAUAAUAUAUUGUAAAAUUGAUGAUAUGACUAUACAAAUUGAAAUACGAAUGAUAUUGUUCGCUUAAUACAAGCACUAUUUAAUUUUGAAUAUAUACGCUCAUAUAUAUAUAUAUUUUAAUAAUAUUUUGUAUUAUUCAUAGUUUAAUAUUGAACUUUUUAAUAGGAACUAAUUUCUUUGUGAAUUAAUUUUCCGACGAAAAGUCAAUUGCAUGAAAAUUAAAAAUUGAAAUAUAAAUUCAUUAAUUUUGUGACGAAGGAUUAAUUGUUCGGAGAUAACAAUUUAAAAGAUGAAUGAAUUAAUGUCCUGGCAAAGAAAUUAAUUGUGAGUGGAAAAAUAUACAUAUCAAUGUGUAUUUGUUGACUUGAAAGUUAUAUGAAAUUAUAGGGAAUUAAAUAAAAUAGCAAAAGUCAAUGUUGAAUUUUACAAAAGUUAAAUUAUAAAAUCGAAUGAAAAAUAAUCAAUUAAAACUUAGAUAAUUUUCUUAUUCUUCGAUAUUUUUUCUUUUUUAUUUUUUGUAGACAAAUGCAAUCAAUCGAUUUUUGACAAUUUAUUUUUUUCAAUUUCUCUCAAUAACGAAACCACUCGGAGACAACAUUUUUGAAGAUUUUGAUUAUCAAAACAAUGUGAAAAAAUUGGACUCAAUUUUUUUUUAAUAUCUUCUUUUCUUUUUUUUCACAAACGAAUCAAUGUUCCUUUAUAAAUAUCUUAGUUGAUUUGUUCGUUCAAUGAAAUGACAUAGUAAUCACGAAAUGUGAAUUAUGUAGAAGACGUAUCUACUUCGACUCGUGUUUAAUAUAAUUGUGCUAAGUAACCACAACUAGUAGUGACACCUUCUAAUCAACCAUACUCUCUUUGGCUUAUAUUAAAUCAAAGGAAACACCUUGAGAGAACUUGCUUGUCGUUUCAUCUUUGAUCCACCUUUGUCUCCCUCCCUCCCUCUCUCUCUCUCUCUCUCUCUCUCUCUCUCUCUCUCUCUCUCUCUCUUUGUUUUUUGCCAAAAGUCACUUUCCGUUCUCUUUUAGAUCCUACAUUUUGUAUAAAUAAAUAUGAAACACGUUUAAUUAGAAAAUUAUUGAUAAUUCAAAAUAGUUCAUUUUCUAAUCGGAUAUAAAAAAUGGUAUUCAUUUAAGUAAUUAUUUUGUCACGUCAUUAUGUUAUUUAAAGCUACAAAUGAUAAUUUGUUUAUAUCCUCAUUAAUGAUUUUAUGUUUGAAUUCAUUCACUUGUAAUUCUUUAAAUUUAACAAUUAAUUCCUUAAUAUAACACUUGUAUUCUUCAAAUUAGGUUGAAAUUGUUUUCAAGUAGCAAUAAUUGAACAAUUGUUUUGCUAUUGAAGUUAAUUUCAAUAAUAUUCACAUACGAUUUCUUGAAAUAAUAGAAUAACUUUCGGCACAUACUUCAUUAACUUCUUUUUACGAAGAACAGACAGCUUUUAUAAUAAAUUUUCUUCUUCUCUCUCUCUCUCUCUUUCUCUUUCCUCUUACAUUAUUUAACUCUUUUACAUAUUUUCGGUAAUACGAUUUUCCUUUGGAGUAAGAAACAAUAUCAUGCUUUUCAUUGAAUCACUUUUGCGAGAGUCGAGUUAUAGCGGUUCUCUCUUAUAAAACAUUACUAUAAUCUGUAUUAUUAACUCGCUUCUCCAAGUAUAUACAAUUUUCGAAAACACCAGGAAAAUUCUAAUUACGAUGAUUAAAUUUUACAAGAGUUCCUUCUUCCACUCUUCUACGUGUUCCUUAUAUAAACGUAAAAUAACGAGAAGUUGAUUAAUUUGUCAUGACAAAAGAAUCAUCUUGUAUGUAUGUUUAUAUGAUGUAUAUAUGUAUGUGUAUGUGUGUAUGUAUGCGUAUGUAUAUAAAAUGUAAAGUAAAUUACGUUACAUAUAUAUAUAUUUAUUUAUUUAUACAUAUAUAUAUAUAUAUAUAUAUAUAUAUAUAUAUGUAUAAAACAAUUUUUUCUUCUCUUUUUCCUUCCUCGUAAGAAAAAUUAAUUUAAUUUUUAAUAAUCUUGCGAUCCUUCCCUUUCUAUUUUUUUUCAUCAAUCUCAUAUCUUGCAAAAUUUACCACAUAGAUAUUUAAUAUAUUACUAUCUAUGUGAUGAAUUUUAAUUAUUUAUUUAAAUAUAAAUAUAAUAAUAAUAAUAACUUUUAUUAUUAAUAUUAUUAUUAUUAUUAUUAUUGAUAAAAUGGACUAUACGAUGGUGUUUAAUAAAUAUUAAUUUGAUUAAUUGAAAUGAUUGAACGAAUGAUUAUAAAAAAUUUGUAACUACGUAAGAUAGAUCGCGAAAGAAAAUUUUUGUUGGUCCGUAUGAAACACAUUGAAGUUUAUUCACAAAUUGAUUCUUUUUUCAUUUCUUGUAAAUUUAUUUCCUCGAAAUUAUUUUUAAAAAAUUCUAAUUUAAUCGAUUACGAUUUAUAAAAAGACAUGAAUAAAUGAUUAUGAUAAAUGACUUUUGAUUUGCUGAUUUGCAAUUGAUUAUUUUUUUAUUUCGGAAAAUAAUUCUUCGUGGAUUAGAGGAAUGUUAGAGCAAAAAGAAUAGAAAACAGAAAAAAAGAAAUAAAAGAAUAGAAGCAUAAAGAAUCGACUUUGAGUUUACCGUCUCAGUAAUUUUAUCGUACUUUUAAUCGCAUUAAAUCCGUCAAACCCCAAGGGUAUUACGUAUGACGCAUGUAGCAUAUACGAUCAUAGCUUGUAAACACUCAUUUUGUGCAAGAGAGAAAAAUAGAAGAAGAAAGAAAUAAAGAAAGAGAGAAAAAGAGAGAAGAAGAGAAAGAACGUCGAGGUUUUUCGUGAUUUUUAUCGCAUAUAUAAUGAGUACGGUAAACAACGCCAAAAGUAGCUCUUAAAAACUGUAUAAAGAAAGAGAGAGAGAAAAAGAGAAAGAAAAUGGAAACAAAAAAAUAUCCGGAAUUUGUCGUCUAUAAAACAACAUUGUAGCUGAAUAUGGCAUUUAAACGAAUUAGGUGAACAAAAAAAUGAGAUAGAACAGUAUCUACAUUUAAGCAAAUAAACAAUUAAGAGAGCGUUAACGAAGAUGAUAAAGAAAAUGUGAGAAUAAAAAUGAAUGGACGAAUGUAAAAAAUGAAUCAAUGAGAUUACUCUGUCUUUCUGUAUAUGUAUGUAUGUAUGUAUGUAUAUAUGUACGUAUGCAUGUAUGUAUAUAUGUAUGUAUGUACGUAUGUUCGUAUGUAUAUACAUAUGUAUAAAUGUAUGUAUGAGAAAGAUCAAAUAAGAGCGACUUAUUAUGUAAAGUUGAUAAAAAGGAUAAAGAAAAAAGAAAAAAAAAAAAGAAGAAAAAAAAACUUAAAAAAAUAAGCAAAGAUCGGAGAAAUUGUUAAUGAAUAAAUGUUAGAGACUAUCGUAGAAUACGUUAUCCUGCUUCCAAGAGAAUUAAGAGGUAAAUUUGUAAUACAUUAUUCGUCGAAGCACGAUCCGAGAAGUGUUAUAAUAAAAAUUAUCUUGCUCCCUCGUU